AUGGAGAAAACACCAUACCUGGCCACCGGGGACGACGACGCCGUCCAGCUCCCCCAACACCGAAGACAGGGCAGCGCGGACGUUGGCAAGUCCGCCCUGCAGCACCUGCCACUUGCCCCACUCCAGGACGUCAUCCAGCGAACGGGAUUGGUCGAGACAAGGGUAGAGGCCGCUCUGGCCGCUCCCGACGCCGCCAUCCCUGAUGCCGCUGUCGAGGUAGGCACCACCGCCCCGGAAGGUGUUGGCCUCACUUACGGCCCCGGCGCAUGCACCUCCGCCCCCGUCAAGGUCGGCGCGGUUGUCGCCGACGCCAACGCGCGUUCCGACCCGUCCGUCGCUGCCACCGCCUCCGCCACGGCUGCCGGAGCGGGUGUCCCCGUCGCUGCCGCGUCCUUCGUCCCCGCCCCCAUCGUGGCCUCCGGAGCAGGCACCUCCGCCCCCGCGGCUGCUGCCGCCUCUACCGCGGCUCCCCAGGUGGAUGUCCCCGCCUCCGUCGCCGCCGCUGUCGCCGGGGCGGGUGUCUCCGCGUCCUCCGCCGCUGCUGUCCCCGUCGCGGCCACGGGGGCAGACUCUCCCUCCUCCGUCUCCACCGCCGUCCCCGCCACGGCCGCUGGGGCAACCGCCCCCGUCUCCGCCACUGCCGUUGGACCCGCACGCUCCUCCUCCGCCUCGUCGUCGUCGAGGUCAAUUACCACCCUGGUCGGAGGGCCCCCAGGGGCAAUGCUCUGCACCGCGGGGUCGGCCGAAGAGGCAAAGGGCGGAGCAGGGGUCGUACCCUGCCUCGUGCCCGGCUGCGGCUCCACCCCUCCAGUUGUCGCCGCAGGAGCCACCUCCGCGGCGGGGUCCACGGUCUCCUUGGCGACACCUCCCCUCGCCGCCGACGGGGUCGCGGUCUAUCCCGCGGAGGUGGAAGACACCUGCGCCUUCUUCAGCACCAGUGAUGGAACAAAGUCCCGGGGGGCGGCGCUGUGA